AUGAAAUCUUUUAAACUGUUUUCAUUACCAUUUAUUUGCUUCAAACGUGUUAUUAAACAGAUGAAACUUCUUGAAAUAGCAUGUGAAGAUAUUAAUCAACCAUCCCAUGUUUCUCAGGUGUCACACUGUUUAUAUUACUGGAGGAUAUCCAUUAUACUUUUCUGACAGGAAAAAUCAAUCAAAUAAGGGAAUUGAAUGCCCGAUCAGCGUUGAGCACAAAAUUUCAACAAAAACAAAUCUUCAAUGUGGAUACAUUGCUUAUCGAAGCUGCAAGAUGGAUGACAUUUGAAGACUUAAAAACCAUGAAAUGUGAAAUCUCAGUUCUCGAUUAUAGUAUUUUUCAAGAAGAAGUGUUUAACAAAUUUAUCCAUCACUGGAUAGGCGGAGGAAACCCGAGAUUAAAACGAUUUACCUUGAGAAAUGUUGGUCCUUCACCCAAUUGGAACGUAAUUUUGAAAGAUAUCGAAUAUUCGAAAUGGAACAAAAAGAAACGUGCACGUUAUUUCAUGUAA